UGUUGUUCAUCGUUGUUUUGGUCUCCGGUGUGAGGUUAGAAAAUCCGCUCCGAGUUCAGGAAUCGCAGUAAAAAAGUGUGUAUUUUUUUAACAUUUUUUAACUUCACCGAGCGAGCUAAUAAAAAAAACUGCAUUCCGGUCAUCGUUCUCGUUGGAAAAGUAGGCCCCUCUGGAAAGCUCAGUUAACUACUGUCACAAGCAAAAUCCAGGGAAAUUUUCAUGUGUUUCUCCAAUUAACAAAACAAAAAUCGAGUGAUCACACAAAUGUUGGGUAAAUUUGCAACCGGCGUAUCGGCGCUACUAACUAGAUCGACCAUUCCGUUGCUGCAGAACGCCGGCUUCACACCGAAACAGUACUGGACGGGCACGAUUCUGAACCAUGCAUCGGGCAAAAAGUAUCAGGCACACUCCGGCACUUCCAAACUGCUUGGAGCCCUGUCGACUGGCCCUGCGCUGUGUGCCGCGCAGCCCCUUUUGGAACAACAAACGCGAAACACGUUCGUGCUGAAGCGUCGCACGCCACCGAAUCUGUACAAAAAGAACCAGAAACCGGGCAAGCUGCGAGGGCGCCACUUCGUGUACGAGCUGGUGGAAAAUCGGACGGUGAUAAAGAAGCCCAACCUCGAGGUCAUCCUUACGGCGUUCGUCGAAGGUGUCGGUGCCAAGGGUGAUGUGGUUUCUCUCAAGCCAAACGUUGCCUACAACCAGUUGCUGCUGCCCGGACUGGCUGUCUAUAAGACACCGGAAAAUCUAGCCAAGUAUGCUACCGAAAAGGAUGAAACGGAGAAAGAGAUCCACAGUUCGGCGUAUGCUCAGCGGACAGUGAACAAGCUCGAAAGCCUCAUCUUGGCCGUGGUCAUGAACAAGGAUCACCCGUGGGUUAUCGAACCGUGGCACAUCAGGACCGCGCUGCGGAAGGCAGGUUACUACGUACCAACGGAAGCGAUCGAGCUGCCGGCCACACCGAUUACGGGGCCGGAUCUACUGAAGCAAAACAAAGAGUUUACCGUAACCAUCACGAUCAACAAUCUCGAGCAGGCUCGGGUACGGUGUCGGAUACACCACUGGAGCACCGAACCGAGCAACCGGCUGCCGUACGUCUUCGAACACUGGAAACAGGAGGCGGAACCGCUUUUCGGCGGCGCAUGAUCGUUAGCAUUUUCCGCAAUCGAGGUAGGCCAGGAGCCAGCCAAAGGGAAUAUCGUUUUGGUAGGCUAGUGGAAGGAGAUUGACGAAAGCAAAAGAUUUAAGUCGCUCUUUUGUACUGCUGUUUGAGGGGCUCAGUAGUCAGGGAAAGCCAAAAUGCAUUAGCACUCGCAAUAGUAUAACAUGGAACAAAACACAGAGCCAUUAUUGAGAAUGUUUUCUAUCAAAAUGUUCAAUCCCAAAACAUCAGCGUGCGAUUUGUACCCGAUAAAACAGGCUAUACGUUGAAGCAAAUCGGUUAGUAGAGAAGCUACAAAGUUAAAAAUAAAAAUCUUAAAACAGAAACACAUUCGAUCAAAUUUGG